AUGCUUCAACGUCGAGGGGCUUUCGUAAUCUUAAUCGGCGUUGUGUUACUAGUGUGGCAAUUCUACGUCGUCCAGCAAAGCCGAAUGGUUGAGAAUAUUAACGUUGAUUUUGAAUCGUUUUCAAAUAAAGUGCCAAAACAUUUCAAUUCCAUCGGAAACGAAGGGAAACACGAAAAUGAGACGACGGUCUCGAUGCCACAUCCACUCGUGUUACAAACGAGUCUCGAACCCUACAGAGUGAUGGAAAAUUAUGAGCAAGAGAGACUGCCUGAAGUUGACACACCUUUCAAACGCAUACUGUUCUGGAAUGACGCGUACGGAAGCAAAGAUUACGGAAUUGGAAUCGGACGAGAUGCCCUACGCAAAUGGGAUUGCCCGGUAUGGCAGUGCGAGACUUCGGAUAACCGCACGGAUGCCCAAGAUUACGACGCCGUGGUCUUUCACCUCCGCAGUUGGAGCCGGAACGACUUGCCACAACGUCGAUCACCCCAUCAGCGCUACAUCGGCUGGAUUAUGGAAUCUGCAGCGUGGCGUGAAUACAUGGUGGACAUGAGACCGAUGGAAAAUUAUUUCAACUGGACGAUGACGUAUCGUUGGGACUCUGACAUGGUCGGCCCUUACGGCUACGUCAAACCGAUUGGAAAUGUACCACUUCAUCCAAGUGAGAGUCAAAUGAAAGAGUAUUUAUCCAAUUCAAAAGUCAAUUACGCGAAUGGGAAAACGAAAAUGGCAGCUUGGUUUGUCUCCAACUGUUACUCGAGAAGUAGUAGAAACGAGAUGGUUAACGAGCUACAAAAGCACGUCCGUGUUGACGUUUACGGAACCUGCGGAACGAUGACCUGCCCGAGGAACAUAGAAGACGAAUGCCGAGAAAUGGCAACCAAAAAUUACAAAUUUUACAUGUCACUGGAAAAUUCCCUGUGUCUCGACUACGUCACUGAAAAGUUCUUUGCUAUGCUUCAUCAACCCAUCAUCCCGAUCGUUUACGGUGUUCACGACCACUACGAUCAAAUUGCACCGACCCAUUCCUUCAUCAACGCUGCGAAAUUUGAAACUAUGAAACAAUUGGCUGAUUACCUGAUCCUUCUCGACAAGAAUGACACGUUGUAUAACGAAUAUUUCUGGUGGAAACCUCAUUUUGAGGUGCGAUACAGUCAAAAGGACAAAAACAAAAGCAUGUGCCAUCUAUGUGCCGCUCUCCACAAUACGACGUUACCACCGAAAAUCUACAGGGACAUGACCGAAUGGUGGGAAACAAAAUCAAAGUGUGCAGACUCACCUCACAUAUCCUGAUGUGUACAUACCUCGAUGUUAUCUGCAAAUAAAAAGAACAUUUAAAAUUCA